AAAAGUGGGGGCAUGGAAUUGUAAGUGGGGGCCAAAUUCGAAUUUUGGCCGAAAUUUGGCCAAUUUUUGAGUUUUAGCCUAUAAUCUAAUUUUAGCCCAAAGGUUGAAGUGUUUUUGGGGGAAUAGAAAGUAAAUUUUGAGAUUUACUUUAAGGGUUAAAGUAGUUCUUAGGUUGUAGGAAAAUUUGUUAAAGAGUAACCGUUGCCUCCUCAAAUCCUCUCCCUCUUUUUGUCUUCACCCUGUCGUGAAAUUCAGCACAAGAUAAAAGCCUGCAAAUUGAGUUCAAGAUCCACUCCAACCCAGAGCUUAACACUUUUGGAUCGAUAUGGCGAAUGUGUACAAACCAAGGAACAUCCUGAUUACUGGAGCUGCCGGCUUCAUUGGUUCCCAUGUUGUCAACCAGCUCAUGCGGAACUAUCCUGAGUACAAGAUUGUGGUCCUUGACAAGCUUGAUUACUGUUCAAAUUUGAAAAACCUUCACCCUUCACAUUCAUCACCCAGCUUUAAGUUUAUCAAGGGAGACAUCUGCAGUGCUGACUUUGUCAAUUCAGUUCUUCUCAACGAGUCCAUUGAUACAAUAAUGCACUUUGCAGCCCAGACCCAUGUCGACAACUCUUUUGGUAACAGCUUUGAGUUCACUAAAAACAACGUCUACGGUACACAUGUCCUCUUAGAAGCAUGCAAAGUCACUGGUCAAAUCAAAAGGUUCAUUCAUGUAAGCACAGACGAAGUGUAUGGGGAGACAGAUGAGAAUGCUGUAGUGGGAAAUCAUGAGGCUUCUCAGCUUCUUCCGACAAACCCCUACUCUGCAACUAAAGCUGGAGCGGAGAUGCUUGUUAUGGCGUAUGGACGUUCAUAUGGAUUGCCGGUGAUAACAACCAGAGGAAAUAAUGUUUACGGCCCCAAUCAGUUUCCUGAAAAGAUGAUUCCAAAAUUUAUUCUCUUGGCUAUGCAAGGGAAGCAUCUUCCGAUUUAUGGAAAUGGAUCCAAUGUCAGAAGUUAUCUCUAUUGUGAGGAUGUCGCAGACGCAUUUGAAAUCAUUCUCCAUAGGGGCGAGGUAGGCUGUGUCUACAACAUCGGGACGAAGAAAGAGAGGAGAUUGAUUGAUGUGGCUAGGGAAAUUUGCCAACACUUCUCUUUGAACCCAGAUGCACAUAUUAAGUUUGUGCAGGAUAGGCCUUUUCAUGAUAAGAGAUAUUUCAUAGAUUACGAGAAGUUGAAAGCCUUGGGAUGGUCCCAACAAACAUCAUGGGAGGAUGGGUUGAAGAAGACAUUGGACUGGUACGUGAAGAAUCCCGACUGGUGGGGGGAUGUUUCUGGAACGCUAGUUGCUCGCCCGAGAAACUGCGAAGUUUCUUCAAAUUUUUCUUUUUAAUGAUAUCACUGUUAUUACAACUUCUCUGUCUUCUUUUCUUCUUGGAAUGCCAGUCAGGUGUAUAUCAAAGAGAAUAAAAUGAUUGUUACUUGGAAAGCAAGGCAGGGUAAAGCUGCCAGAUUCAGGAAGUGAGCCUUCAGAUUUAUGAGCUUUCCAUGUACAACGGAAGUUUUCUCCAGCUGCUUGUUGUGAAUACGCACAGGAAACCCGAAUGAAUUAGGAAAACAGAAAGACUAGGGACCGAAAAGAAUACGCAAUUAGGCACAGAAAACAUGAAUGGAUUAGGAAAACUGAAAGGCUAAGAAUCGAAAAGAAUACACAAACUGCAGGCACCAAGAGAGAGGGAAAGUAACUCUUUCACACGGGUAAUCAGAACAAAUCGAGCUGCUGGCAGCCCUAUUCACCUACGUUAAACGCAAGGAGACACUCUAGUAUUCUAGUUUCGUUUCGUUUCCUUGGCAAUUUGAGCUUUCCAAAUGAAUUAGGGUUUUUUUCCGUCUUUCGGGUGUUAUAUUUUCGUUUUUCAAGUAGGAUUUCUCUAUCAACUGGAAUCAUCAUGCUCACUAUAUAAAGAGUUCUUGAGAUGUAUUUGUUAAUUAAAUCGUCGAUUACCAUCAAAACUUUUAGCUUGA